CACCGGCAGGCCCAGCUGGAGAGCGAGGUGCGGGGUCAGCGGGAGCGGCUGGACCAGGAGCGCCAGAAGAACGCCCACCUGGACGAGGAGGUGCGCAAGCUCCAGGAGCACCGGGACGUCCGCAGCCGCCUGGACGUCCUCCGCCAGAAGCUGGCCUGGCUGGACUAUGACAGCACCCGGCAGGCGUAUGAGGCCGAGAAGAACAAGCUGCGAGAGGAAGAGCGCACACUCAAGGCCAGGCUGGAGGAGCAGGACCCCCUCAAGCAGCAGCUGGCCAAGAUGGCCGCCCACGAGGAAGGGCUGCGGCGUCUGGACAAGUCGCUCAAAGCGGAGGCUGCGGCCGCUCUGAAGAAAGUGGAAAACUCCCUCCAGAAGCUCACCGAUCUGUCGGAACAGGGUGGUGCUGUGAAACGUGAACUGGAAAGAAAAAUUAAGGAUGAGGCAACGAGAAGGGAAAGAAUUGACAGGUGCAAGGCUGACAUUGAAGGCUUUGAAAAGGAACUUGGGGAGGCGGCAGCUGAAAGUAUUGAGAGCAAGCUGCAGGAGGUGCAGUCGGAAAUGCAGCGCUGCAACCAGACCUUGACCGCCAUCUCCCGUGCCAGACAGAUGGCAGACGCAUUUGUCCGGGAGAGACAGCGUGAGAGCGCAGCCCUUGAAGAGGAGAUGAGGAGGCUCAAGGACCAGUCGAAUCAGCGGAUGGAGAUGCUGCGAAGGCGAAGCAAGGAUGCCUUCAGCGCCACGCAGUGGCUGCUCAAGAAUGAGGGCCUUUUUGCGGGCAAGAUCUAUCCUCCUAUCAUGACUCAGGUGGAGGUGCCGGACCAGCGGGACGCCAAGUACGUGGAGGCCCAGAUCCCGUUCCGGGACAUGAUGGCCUUUGUGGCCGAGCAGCCCGAGGACCUGAGCAAGUUCCUGGGCCUGGUGCGGGACGGCCAGGGCCUGCGCAUCAACGGGGUGGUGGUGCCGGCCGAGCCCCUGGACGCCUUCCAACCGCGGCUGCCCCUGGCCCAGAUUGGCCCUCUGGGGUUCCGGGGCUACAUCCAGUCGAUGCUGCGCGCACCGGAUGCCAUGAUGCGUUACCUGUGCAAGCAGUACCGAGUGCACGACGUGCCGGUCGGCGACGAGCGCGUUGAGAACCACCUGAGCCAAAUCAAGUCGCUUGGAAUCCGCCGCUUCUACACCCACAACCAAGUGUACUCGGUGAAGACGUCCCGCUACGACUCUUCCAGAAGUUCGACCAUGACGACUGAAAUCACGCAGCCCAGCCUGCUCACAGUCUCUGUGGACAUGAGCAGCCUGAACCACCUGGAGCAGAGCAGACAGGCGCUGUCCGAGGAGAUUGCGUCCAAGAGCGCGGAGGUCAAGGAGCUGUCUGGCCAGGAGAGGGCGGCCUCGUCCAAGCUGGAGGAGUGCAGGACGGCCAAGAAAGGGCUGAUGGCCGAGGCCGGGCGGCAGAAGCAGCUCGGGCUGCUGCUGGACCAGAAGCGCCAGGCGCUGCAGUCUUUGCAGCGCCAGUGCCUCGACCUGGACCGGGAGCGUGCCGAGGCGGCCAAGAAGCAGGGGAGUCUGUGCCGCACCAAGAUGGUCCAGGUGGCCAGCUACGUUCAGAGACUGCAGGCGUGCUACCAGAGCCACCGGUUGUGCGUGGACCAUCGGCUGGAGAUGCUCAAGGUGGCUGCGGACAGGAAGAAGCUGGAGGAUGCCCUGCAGCUGGCCCUGGAAGCCCACCAGGCGCUGGAGAGCGAGGUGCGUGCCCGGCGGGAGUCUGUGCUGUCUGCCAAGCGGGAGGCCCAGCGGAAGCUGCGCCAGGCCCAGGAGGCCAUCGGCUGCCCCACCAACAUCUCCCAGAUUCCCCCAAGCGUCGCCAGGGAGUUCCUGCAACUGCCCAAGUCAGUGGCCGAGAUCACCCAGCAGGUGCAUGCGGAGGAGGCCAAGCUCAGCUGCAUGCUUCCCGUCGACAGUGCGGUGGAGCAGGAGUACCACCGCCGGCAGCAGGACAUUACCCAGCUCGAGGGGGAUCUGGGCUCCAACGAGGCACAGCUGGCCGAGGUAGCAGAGGAGAUGGCAGAUGUUAGCGGCCGCUGGCUGCCCGACCUGGAACGCCUGCUGGAGCGCAUCAACCAGGGAUUCCAGCGCUUCUUUCAGGCCCUGGGCUGUGCUGGACAGGUGAGCCUGUACCGUGGGGAGAAAGCCCACGAGUACGACCAGUAUGGGGUGAACAUCCGGGUCAAGUUCCGGGACAACGAGCGACUCACGGAGCUGUCGGCCGCCCACCAGAGUGGAGGGGAGCGCAGCGUGGCCACGGUGGUCUACAUGAUGGCGCUGCAGGAGCUGACGAGCGUGCCCUUUCGCUGCGUCGACGAGAUCAACCAGGGCAUGGACUCUGAGAACGAGCGCAGGAUCUUUGAGAUGAUCAUGAACACAGCCCUCCAGAACUCUGCACAAUACUUUCUGCUCACGCCCAAGCUGCUCCCGGACCUCCCGUAUGCGGAGAAUGUGACGAUGAUCUUCAUCACCAAGAGCGAAAACUACAUUCCAGACUGGAAACCAGAAUCGCUCGCCGGUCGCGCCGUCGGCUUGGCGGCCCUGGCUAAACGCCUGUGACACAUUGUUUCACCCAGCUGGUGACCAAAACAUAUUUUUAAGAGUGCUACAUUGUUUCACCCAGCUGGUGACCAAAACAUAUUAUUAAGAGUGCCACAUUGUUUCACCCAGCUGGUGACCAAAACAUAUAUCUAGAGUGCCACAUUGUUUCACCUGGCUGGUGACCAAAACAUAUAUCUAGAGUGCCACAUUGUUUCACCUGGCUGGUGACCAAGACAUAUAUCUAGAGUGCCACAUUGUUUCACCUGGCUGGUGACCAAAACAUAUAUCUAGAGUGCCACAUUGUUUCACCUGGCUGGUGACCAAAACAUAUAUCUAGAGUGCCUUUUUUUAUGAGUAAUAAAACUGGUUGUAAUAAUGGUAAUAAAAUUUCCCAACUUUCUCUA